AUGAACAAGAUCCUGAAGGGCGACUGCGUGUCCGCCCUUGAGAAACUGCCGUCCCGUUCCGUGGACCUGGUUUUUGCGGAUCCGCCCUACAAUCUCCAGUUGGGCGGCGAUCUGCACAGGCCGGAUCAGUCGAAGGUGGACGCCUGUGACGACCACUGGGACCAGUUCGACAGCUUCGAGGCCUAUGACGCCUUUACCAGAUCGUGGCUGCUGGCCGCGCGCCGGGUAAUGAAGCCGGACGGGUCGCUUUACGUGAUCGGCUCCUAUCACAACAUUUUCCGUGUUGGCGCGAUCCUGCAGGAUCUCGGCUUCUGGAUCAUGAACGACAUCGUCUGGCUGAAAUCCAACCCGAUGCCCAACUUCCGUGGCAAGCGGUUCACCAAUGCCCACGAAACCAUGAUCUGGGCGGUGAAAUCCAAGGAUGCAAAACCGACCUUCAACUACGAUGCAUUGAAGACGUUCAACGACGAUCUGCAGAUGCGCUCCGACUGGCAUCUGCCGCUUUGUACCGGAACGGAGCGGUUGAAAGACGGAACCGGUCAGAAGGUGCAUCCGACACAGAAGCCGGAAGCGCUGCUUUACCGGGUCCUUACAGCCUCUUCCAGACCGGGAGACGUGGUGCUUGACCCGUUCUUCGGUACCGGAACCACCGGCGCGGUCGCCAAAAAGCUGGGCCGCAACUUCGUUGGUGUCGAGCGUGAGCAGGACUAUAUCGAUGCCGCGACCGCCCGUAUCGAAGCCAUCGAAGCGGGUGACGGUGAAGCUCUGGAAAUGCAGCAAGGCAAGCGAGCCCUGAAACGUAUCCCGUUCGGAACGUUGCUGGAAAACGGCCUGCUUUCACCGGGUGCCGAACUUACCUGUUCGAAAGGCAAGCAUAUUGCAAUCGUGCGGGCCGACGGUUCCCUGAAAUCGGGCGAUCAUACCGGUUCGAUCCACAAGGUCGGUGCCCUCGUGCAGGGGCAGGAAGCCUGUAACGGUUGGACGUUCUGGCACACCAGGGAAGGUUCAGCCAAGUCACCAAUCGAUGAGCUUCGCAAGGAAAUCAGAUCCCGCCUGCAGGUAUAA